GGUGAGUCUGAUCGACACUACCACCAACACCACGACCAACGCUACCAUCACCACCGCCGCCGCUGUCUCCGCCGCCGCUAUCCAUUCUCGCCAUAGCAUAGUCGCGACCCGGGAAUACCCCCACCCGCCCGCACUCACUGCAUCUUGUUCUAUGCACUCGUUCCCAACACUUCGCUCGCACCCUGCGUCUUGACGCCGUCACCCUUCUCACGCAGCAAGCACCAUGCCCAGCGACGCGAAGUUCGCCUCCCGCGAGGAGAAGCAGCUGCUGCUGGACCAGCGGCGACAGCGGCGACAGCGGCAGCGCAAAGCGUGCGAGCACCCCUCCUCCUCUGCACCGCACUCCCGCACAACCAAGCACAAUGCACAGCCGUCUGCCUCAUCUUCCAAGGCUGCUCCGCAGCGCCAGCACCAGCACCAGCGCCGUCCUCGUGCCCGCCCCGCCACCAACACCAACGACACCAUUUUCAGGCGUAAUCCCUCUGCACCAGCUCCCAAGCCCAAGCCUACCUCUUAUUCACCCCAGCGCGGCUGGCUAACGCCCUGGAAGCCCAUGCACUACCCGGUCACGCCAUUGCCGACCCAGCGUGAGUAUGCCGUGAUCGAGACGUGGAAGGCCGAGCGCAAGCGAGCCAGAGAUGGUCCGCUCUUUGUACGCCGUGUCGUCGACAGCAAUGCGCGCGUCGCAAAGGCGCGCGUCGCCGCUCCCGGGGCAACCGCUGUCGACGCUUUCAACGCGCUGCAGACCUAUAGCACAAAGUACGAGCGCAAGUGGCGGGUCAGGCCCAAGUUCGCGGGCAAGCUCUGGCUGAAAGCAAUUCUCCCCGAAGAACUAUGGGACGUUGUCGACCCUUCCUUGCGCAAGGCGCGCGCCGAGAACGGUGCUCAGGAUGGCAGCGGAAACGGCAGAGGCUCUGCAACAGCGAAACCAACCUUCAACCUCGACGACUUCUCCGACGGAGACGAGGAUGGUGAUGAUGAAAACGCCGACAAAGAAAACGCUGAUGACAGCGACGCAGAAGGCGAGGCAGAACCGGAAGAGGUGGACGAGGAUUGGGAAGACGACGAGGACGAGGCGGACGACUACAACGGCGAGAAGUACUUUGACGACGGAGAGGCUGACGACGUGGUUGGUGAUGAUUACGAAGCAGGCGACGAUCUGGGAGGAGGAGAGGUUGAACACGAGAGAGAAUUUGCGAUCGGAGAGGAGUUUGACGUAUGAGAACAAUGAGCAUAAGCGCAUGUUUUAACAGGGGCCUCACGUUCGACCUACACAACGGAAGCGGGCCGUUUGCAUCGUAUUUUGUCUGAAUACUUCGCCGUCAGGACGGUAAGCUCAAGCAGGCACAUAUUCAGCGUUGCCGAUGCGGUUGCAUUCGAUUGCCUAUCUGAGAUGCCAUCUGCGGUCCUCAGCUUCGACCAGGCGCGAUAUGCGCUGUAUUUCUCGAGCGGGGGGAGUAUCAGCACCUUUCACAUCUGUGAUGGAGUGUGAUGACUGUGUGGAGUAUCCAUCGGUUAUCUGUCCAUCGAAUGGAAAAAACUUGCAUUCCUUUCUCUCCUUCUUUCUAUGCUCAUUUUUUGCACGUCAGGCUAACGGGUACCUAUCAUCAUUUUUCUCUUAUGGCUAGGUAUUCAGGAUCCGGCUGGUGUGCGAAGAAGAGCGUGGGUGGGAAUGAAACCAGGCAAAGGCGCAGCGGCGUGGCUUCACGCACAUAUGGGAGAUUAGACCUGACGCACAGAAGACGGCGAAGUGACGGGUGAAAUCUUGUGUCUAGACGCAAAAGAGUCCGCUCUGCCUUCUCUGUGCUCCUUCAACGACAAUGCGAGAUCCAAUGAGGCUGUCUUUGAGGCUGAACAAAACCCUGACGGGCCAUGUCGUCGCGAGAUGGCUUGGAAGUCUAUAUGUCGGGUUGAGUGGCUAGUAUGGUGACGAUGUCUUGCACCGAUGCAGAUCAACACUUGAAAUCUGUGCGUAUGGGAACAAGUCGUGUUUCAGAAGCGAACGGGCUGCCGGAGAGAGGCAUUGCAAGGGUAUGGUUGUAAGUCAAAGAUGCGGGACAGAUCCUGCAGAUAAUCAGAUAAUUGCUCGCCCUUGAACCCGAGCUGCAAAUUUGAAAUUCAGCUAGCGACAUGCUUGUAUACCUUAUGCCGAGUUUCCAGAGCGCGGUAC